AUGAAGAUCCUCACCAAGGAAGAGGAGCAGGCGCAUUACAAUGCCACCGUCAAAGGAGGCCUCACGGGAGGUCUCUUCGGUCUCGCAGUGGGCGGCUCCGCAGUCUUCGCAGCCCACCACCGCUUCCCAACCUUCCGCUCCCUCACCCUCCCCAUGAAGACCUUCCUCGUCACCUCGGCCGGAACCUUCUCCGCCAUCAUCGCCGCCGACAAGUCCUCGCGCUCCUUCGAAGCCGGGCGCAACCCGCAGAACCAGUACCGCGACGCGGCCUCGCGGGACCAGGCCGCCCUGCGCGCCUCGGAGUCGGCGCUGCAGCGCUUCAAGGACUGGGGCCGCGAGAACCGUUACUCGAUCGUCUCGGCGUCGUGGGUGGCCUCCAUGGGCGUCGCGCUGGGCCUGGUCGGCCGGAACCCGUACCUGACGCGGGCGCAGAAGCUGGUCCAGGCGCGGGUGUACGCGCAAGGGCUAACGCUGGCGGUCCUGAUCGCGACGGCGGCCUUCGAGGUCGGCGAUGCGCAGAAGGGUAAGGGCCGCUGGGAGACGGUCAAGGUCCUGGAUCCCGACGACCCGGAGCACAAGCAUAUCAUCGAGAAGCGGAUCCAUCAUGAGGCGUACGAGGGCGAGGAUCUGUGGAGGGAAUCUAGAAUCUAG